AUGAAUCAAGAUAUCAUUAAUUCAGUCAAUCAAAUCUUUAUCAACUAUCAAGACCAAAUGGACACUGACACUAUCAGUUACUUGAGUGGUCUCAUCCACGAGAGUGAAUCGGUUGAAGAGCUGAGAGAGCAAAUCGAGCUGGUCAUCAAGGAUUUCAAUUUGGAGAUUGCCAGUUCCGAUGAACAAUCGGAGUUGAUCGAGAAUCUCAUCCAUCUUCUAAAGAAACGUGGUCUCAUUGAGUUCCAAAUCGAAAGUAAGCCAAAGUCGCAUUUGGUUUGCUUGGUCGACCCCAAUGCCGAGCCGGAUUUGAAUGAUCCAAACCUCACCUUUGAGCAGUAUUUAGGGUUGACCAGAAGCAAGGAUGCUGCCACUCGUCUACGUGUCCUCAGAACUAUGUGCCCAUGCAAGGUCAAGUCUGACAUUGACCAGUUGUGGACUAGAAUCAUGGAGAUGGCCAGCGACACUGACCCAAAGGUUCGUUACCAAGUCAUGCACAACCUAUGCGAUGGCAGUCCAUUGUGGAGAGAGGAUGCCGUCAUCCAGACCUUGGAGAAGAUGCACAACGAUGAAGAUGCCAAGAUUCGUCGAAGAAUCCACAAUAUUCUCACUCACUACAAGCACACUGGAAAGUGGAAUAUCAUUCACCGUUGUUACAUUGGUAUUUGUAAGCAUCGCUGUCAUUUUGAACAACGAGAUUCUACAGAUCGUCGAAAACACUCUGGUCUUUACUUCAACCAUCUCAUCGAUGUUUCGUCUACCAUGUACCAUCUGGAUGACCUGUUAGUUGUCAACGCAACUAAAAAGAGGGCAUUCCUUUGGAUAUGGAGAUGGAGAUGGAAAAUAUCUAAAAUUAGAAAAAUGAAGAUUGCUUUGUUCUCUUUGUUAUUGGUUGCUUUGACCUGUUUGUCAGCAGUAAACUCAACAUUUGUUAUUGGAACAUGUGAUUCCAGCAAAUGUGGUUACGGUCAAGUUUGUAUCUGUGAAGGUGGUGUCAAUCACUGUGUCUUGUUGGAUCAAUGUGAUGAUGUUGCCAUCGUUCAAAGCAUUGAGCGUAGUUGGGUUGAGAAUGGUCAAUCAUUCACUUUGUACCGUGUCCACGUCUUCAACUAUGGUCCAAGAACCUUGAAGAACAUCGCCAUCCAAACCGAUUGCACUUUGGACCCGCGUGAUCAAAGUUCAGUCUGGAACAUCGUAUAUAACAACGGUAUCUUCUCACUUCCAACCUACGGUCAAGGUAUUGCCACCGGUAAAGAGUUUGUCUUUGGAUACAUCGAUCGUGGAAUGCGUUCUCCAAAUCUUUUCAUCCGUGCUCUCCAAUAUUAA